AUGGACAACAACAACAAGCCUGAUGGGCAAGAUGCCUCCCACAUCAAACCCGUUUCUUCUCUGCGCUCGCAUUUCGAGAGUAUGAGCAAAAUCAAAGAGGCGAACCCCACCCUCUCAGCGGCCCCUUUUCGCCCAAUAUCCCCUGCCCCGAAACCGAUUGCGCUGCGAGAUGCGAAGCCAGAGCGAGAGGCCGCGCCCACACCCCCUCCCGUGCCGAAGAAUAGACCGACCUUUAAUAGUCUAAAGAUACCGAGUAAUAAUGAUGACUCCCACUCCCUGUCGCCCGCUCGACCCGUCGCUCCCCCGCCUCCCCUCAGUCCGAAACCCACGAAGCCCAUGCGCCCGCCUUCGGUCCUUAUACAGCCUCCCCUGUCUCCACCCAAGGAGAGAACAACGCACCCGAACCUCGGCGAGCAUACCGCUUUUCUCAACCCCGACUCCCUUGUUUCUUCGACGACUCCUGCUAGCUCGCCGCGGUCGUUUAAGAUACCUAGCCGGACCCACUCCCCUGGCCCGGAUCCGCGGCGGCUUUCGAGAAUCACCGGAUCCAACCCUCCGUCGCCGCCGCCGCCGCGCCGAUCUGGCGAGUUCAAGCGGGAAACCAAACCAGCCCCUCCGCCUAUAAAUCGGGCCGAAAAGCCUGUGAUGCCAUCGAGAAACUCGCAGAUUAUUGCUCCGAAGCCUCAGAAUGGCAUAGCGAAGGCUCCUCCUCCUCCGCCCCAUCUAGCUCAGGAGACCUCUCCUUUCAGCAGCCCGCCGAGUAGCCCGGAUAGUAGUGAUCAUGAGGCACCUCCUCCGGUGCCACGAAGGCCCCGGCCACAGUCAGAGUACUUUCAACCGCGGAGCCAGACCUGGACCAAUUUCGAGCCCCCGCCCGUUCAUCCAUCUCUUGCUGGCAGGCGACCGGAACGAGACAGUCACCAGUUUUCCAAGUCUUACAUUUCACCCCAGUGUACAGGCGAACGCCGCCCUGCUCUACCCAACCGACCCCGUAUGUCUAUGGAACCGCCUCCUCGUCCACCACCGAUUAAUAACUCCACGAAACCACCUCCUCCACGACCUCCUAGACCCACUAUUAACACCACAAACCAUACGUUCGUUGACGGUCCCCACACCCCACACGUCCCAGCGUCCGCAACGCGACGUGUAUCUCCGUCGGCGGCGAUUAAUCGACUACCUCCGCCACCCUCUCGCGUUAACACAAGGUCCCUGCCGGCUGAACAGCAGGCUACAGAUCGCCAAUCCUCUGACCUGAAAGUAAUUACCAACAACUCUGCGCCUCCCGCCGCCUCUGCACCUCGGACAGAGCCUCCCGGCCAAGCAGGUUCUUAUCCAGAUGCGUCUAAUGUCAACAGGCGGCCACCAUUCAUCAAGCAAGGGGCCCACGAAAUAUCAACCAAGUACGACGCGAAGGUCAUCGAUGUCUGCGGCCAAUAUGUCUGCAGCGUAGGGCAAUUGACGAGAGCGUGGAACCUUCAGGACGGCGAACAGGUCCUAAGCUUGGCACACGGAGAGGGAACUAAAGCGACGGCAGCGAUCUUCAAGCCGGGUGCCCAUGUGGAUGAGGAAGGCGCGCGAUUAUGGAUCGGAAACAAUGUCGGAGAACUCAUGGAGGUCGACGUCGUGACGCAGAGCAUCAUAUCGAUCAAGCCGAAUGCGCACGGCCGAAGCGAGAUUAUCAAGAUUUACCGGCACUUCAACGAGCUAUGGACGCUGGACGAGACGGGCGCUUUACACGUCUGGGAACCUACAGAGAACGGCGCACCAAGCCUCGGCGGUAACCCGAGCCAGAUCUACAGGGUGCCCAAGGGCCACACUUUCUCCAUGGUCGUUGGCGACCAGCUUUGGUACGCGACAGGCAAGGAAAUCAGGGUGUUCACGCCGUCGGUGAGCGGCAAGGGCCAGUUCCAGGUUCUCAUGCGGGCUUUGGUCCAGGACACCGCCGGCGACGUCACCGCCGGGACAAUCAUGAGGUCGGAUCCGGACAAAGUGCUCUUCGGACACUCGGACGGGCGGGUCAGCGUGUACUCGCGCACGGAUUACUCGUGCAUCAAGGUGAUGAACGUGAGCUCGUUCAAGAUUAACUCGAUGGCGUGCGUGGGCACAUACAUCUGGGCCGGGUACAACAAUGGGCGGAUAUGCGUCUACGACACGAGCAAGACGCCGUGGGCCGUCAAGAAGGAGUGGCACGCACACGAGAACCCAGUCAUCAAGAUCAUCGCCGACCCGGCUAGCGCCUACCGCAUGGACAAGCUGCAGGUCAUCUCCUUCGGCGCGGAUAACUUGAUCCGGGCGUGGGACGGGCUGCUUCAGGAGGAUUGGCUCGAGGACCAGAUGAAGUCGCUAGAUACCAAAUACUGCCGCUUCCAGGACCUCAAAGUGAUGCUCAUGACGUGGAAUGCUGGGGCGUCGACGCCUCACAGCCUUCGGUAUUCGGAGUCGGAUGCCAGUUUUAUACAGAACUUGCUGCAUCAGGCGGAUCGGCCGGAUAUUUUGGUGUUUGGAUUCCAGGAGUUGGUGGAUCUUGAAGACAAGACAGCCACCGCAAAACGAUUUUUGAAGCCAAAGAAGAAGGACAAGAAGGAAGGAUCCGUGCAAGAACGAAUGAGCCACCAGUACCGCGACUGGCGUGACUUCUUGCUCAAGAGCUUGGAUGACUACAUGCCAGCCGAUGAGCUUUACCACUUACUGCAGACAGCACACAUGGUCGGCCUGUUUACGUGCAUUUUUAUCAAGUCAACAGUACGAGACAGGAUAAGCAACCUCAAGAAUGUCGAAGUGAAGCGGGGAAUGGGCGGUUUACAUGGAAACAAGGGCGCUGUGAUAAUCCGCUUCAUGAUCGACGACACGUCCCUCUGCUUCGUAAACUGCCACUUGGCAGCAGGUCAGUCGCAAGCCAACGCCCGCCACACAGACGUCGCAGCGAUCCUCGACUCGGCCAUCCUCCCCGCCGAACGCGACCCCACCACCUGCCUCGACAGCUUCGUCGGUGGCGGCGACGGCACGAUGAUCCUCGACCACGAGCUCUGCCUCCUCAGCGGCGACCUCAACUACCGCAUCGACACUAUGUCGCGCGACACCGUAGUCAUGGCCGUCAAGGCCAACAACCUCGCCAAGCUCCUCGAGCGCGACCAGCUCCUCGUAGCCCGCCGGCGCAACCCGGCCUUCCGCCUCCGCGCCUUCGAGGAGAUGCCCAUCUCGUUCGCGCCCACGUACAAGUACGACGUCGGGACGGACACGUAUGACACGAGCGAGAAGAGGCGCUCUCCCGCGUGGUGCGAUCGUGUGCUGCAUCGCGGGGGCGGAAGGAUCAGGCAGAUCGAUUAUAGGAGGCACGAGGUGAGGGUUUCGGAUCAUAGGCCUGUUUCGGCCAGGUUGAUUUAUACUGUUAAGGCGGUGGAUCGGGUGAGGAGGGCGGAGGUUUGGGCGGAUUGUUUGCAGAGGUUUGAGGAGGUGCGGCGGAGGGUGUAUCAUGAUGAGAAGUUCUUCUAUCUAACUUGGGUGAUUGGGUAUGAUGAAGGUACAAGCCGAGCGCUCAUCAAGGAGAAGACGGAGAGGAAACUCCAUCGUAGCCCGAGCCGACAUCGCGAGUAA